AUGGUCAAUGAGCAGCUUCAUGAUGGGGAGAAGUCCUACAAGUGUGUGGAGUGUGAGAAGAGCUUCAGGCAGAGCAGCACCCUGAUCAGCCACCAGAUGAUCCACACUGGGGAAUGGCCCUACGAGUGCGGGGAGUGUGGGAAGGGCUUCAGCUACAGAUCCACCCUUGUGACCCACCAACGCAUCCACACUGGGGAGAGGCCCUAUGAGUGUCCUCAGUGUGGGAAGAGGUUUCGGACCAGCUCCAAUCUCCUCCAGCACCAGCGGAUUCACAGCGAGGGGAGGCCCUUCCUCUGCCCUGACUGUGGGAAGGGCUUCAACUGCAACUCCAACCUCGUCACCCACCGGCACAUCCACACUGGGGAGAGGCCCUACAAGUGUCCCCAGUGUGGGAAGAGGUUUCAGAGCAGCUCCAAUCUCCUCCUUCAUGAGCGGAUUCACACGGAUGAGAGGCCCUUCCACUGCCCUGACUUUGGGAAACGCUUCAGUCUCAACUCCACCAUUCUCAAAUACCGGCACAUCCACACUGGGGAGAGGCCCUACGAGUGCCCCCAGUGUGGGAAGAGCUUCACCAGCAGCUCUCACUUGACCAGACACCAAUGGAGGCACCAGUAA